AUGGCUCGGAAAAAUGCACGAACAACCGACCAAAGCCUUGACAGUGCUCGAAAGAAGUCCUGGAAACCGAAGGUGAAGACGGGAUGUGUCACGUGCAAGAACAGGAGGGUAAAAUGCGACGAAAACAAGCCCGACUGUCGUCGCUGCUCUGCAACAGGUCGCAAAUGCGAAGGGUACCGAUUUGCAGGUCCUGGUAUAGGGACAUCUGUUUGGGAUCACCCCUGGGCACAUUCUUGGACUCCACAUGCUUUCGCUCUCGGUCCUGAUGACAACUCAGGUUUCUUUCCACCGGGGAGUCUUCUACAGCAGCCGUCGGUCUUCGUUUUCGACACGGCGGAAGAGCAACAGAGCUUUGAAUUCUUCCAGGUGUACUCAGUGCCUGAGUUCACGGCUCUGUUUCCGCCGGAUCUGGAUUUCUGGUGUUAUUCCGUUCUCCCCAUCUCGAUGAUGCAGCCUGCGGUCAGACAUGCUGUUGCAUCACUCGGAGCUCUCCAUCGACACUUUGUCGAAGGCGACGAGGCAAUUCUCUCGGAGGACGCUGUGAACACCCAUCUCGGACGAUUCGGCCUUUUGCAGUAUACGCAAGCUCUCAAGUCUUUUACGCAACUUGCAAAAUCUUCGGCCCUGAUCGAUAAAGUGCUUGCUCUAAUCACAUCUAUAUUGAUCAUUCAUAUCUCUAGCCUUCAAGGCUAUCAGCAGAGUAGUUUCCGGCACCUUGACAAGGCAUUGGACCUGUUCCAGGAUCUGAAGGCUCAAAUCGCCUCCAUCGGCGGGACUUCAUACGCGGUUCAGAUGAAAGCCCUCCAUGCGAUUCUACUUUCUUUGCAAACUCAAGCACGCACCAUGAACUGCAGUGAAGAUCUGAACAGAAUGGGUCCUCUCGACGCACCAUCGGCAGAGAGAUUCAGCCGGGCGGACCUACCCCAUUUCGCUAGCCUGAAUGAUGCCCGAGACUAUUACGACACACUUCUUAACGAUCUCCAGCUCUUCGACCAGAAUCUUGGCAUACACGCCGUCGGACCUGCCGAGGAUAAAUUUCAGAACCUAGUCAACCGUUUGACUUACGGGGAGGAAGCUCUCGUCCGGUUGCGUACCGAAACGAUGCUGCUCCGCAACAACCAUUCGGGAACGGCCCUGACAAUACAAUUGAAUAGUUGGAUCCUGGACCUUUUCCUUCGAGCGUAUCCUCGCCUCCAUGUUGAAGGCGAGCUGGCUUGGGACACUUACCACUCGCACUUUGCCAAGAUUGUACAACUGAGUCAACAAAUUCUGGGAGCACCUGAUGUACAGCCCCACAAGGGCUCCUUAGAAGACUUCGAGUCGUUCUUGUUUGAGAACGAGCAUUCGGUCAAGCCGAUCUUCACCGCCGGACACGGUGUGCUCGGGCCACUCUUCGUUGUCGCCAUGCACUGUCGCGAGCCUCGUCUACGUCGCGAAGCUCUCUAUCUACUCUUUACCAAUCCUCGUCGCGAGGGUCUGUGGGAUAGUAUAUCCGCCGCGAGAGUGGCAUUGCAAGCUCUGAAACUGGAGGAGAGACUUCAUCAAGACUUGCUCAGUGCAGGAGGAAACACAGGCAUGGCCGCCGUGCCCAAUUCACUGACUCCGCGGACUAGUACAAUCCCACGAGCUUGCAGAGUCAACGACCUUGACAUCCAGUACACAAGUGCACGCACAGCAUCUUUGCAGCUCAAGACUGAAGGCCGUUGGCACCAACUUCAGAAAACGAGCAUAAUAUCCUGGUGA